AUCCAAAGUCACACUCAAACUCAGGACUUCUUGAUCCCCAAGCCCAUCACUCUAUCUACUUCACCACCUGGCUGCUCCAGGUGUUCCAACUCCAGAGAUUGAGGGAGAGGGAAUAAUCAACAGAUAUCUGGUUGAUUUCAGGGAGAUCCACUAUGAAGCAGUGCGCUAACAGAAGGAACUGGGGGCUUUGGAGUCAGGUCUAAAUCUAUCAUCUUGGGAUCUUUAAGAAUGGUAUUUUUUGGUGUUAAAACAAGGUGAGGUAGGUGCUGUCAACAUUCUCAUUUGAUAGAAACUGAGUCUCUAAGAGAUGAGUGACUUACCCAGGGCCCCCUAGAACUCAUAGGACCAUAGCUCUAGACCUGGAAGGAACCUAGGAACCAGGGAUUUGGCUGGGUUCUCAUACCUGGUCAUUCCCUGUUCUGAGGUCCCCUCCCAGCUCUGAUUUUCUUUGUUCCCACUGGCUGGGUAACCUGAGGCAGGUGGCUUCCUUCUCCAAAUCUGUUCCAAGGGGAAGGGCCAGCCUUGAUGAGUUCUCAGCCCUCUUUCUAACUGGGUGAUUCUGUGCCUUGUCUUCACUUUCCGCUCUGUUCUUCAGGUCUCCACCCACUGGAAUUGGCCAGCUUGUCCCCAGCUACCCCCCUGGAAGAAGGGAGCUGGCAGAUUAGCCUGCUAAUCCCCUUGUCCUCCCAGACAGUGGGGCCUAGACCAGCCAGUCAGACCUGCUCCAGCUACAUCCGGGAGAGCUCCAUCCCAAGUCCUUCCAAGGCCAUGGCUCCCCCAUGAGUCACACCCUCCAGGGCAGCACCUGUCCCCUAAGAGAAGGCCAAGCAACAGAAAGGGGCUGAGGAGGAGUAAACAGUACCCUUGUCUCAAAGACUGACCAACCAUUCCCUUCCCUCAAUACUCCAGGAUAGCCCCUGGCAGGAGAAAAGCCGAGGUCAGGGCGGGGCCUUCUACCCCCUUGACCAUCCAUCGCCCUCCAAGAAACAGGUUAGCAUGGACAUGAGGAGGAUUGAGCAGCCCAAGGCAACUGGGCCAGCACUGGGCUGGAUGUCUGGAUCCCAUAGGAAAAGGAGACCAACGAGGGCUGAGCUGACGACAGACAUGAUCAGCCCACCCCUGGGUGACUUCCGCCACACCAUGCACGUAGGCCGAGGCGGGGAUGUCUUUGGGGACACCUCCUUCCUCAGCAACCACGGUGGGGUGGGCCGAGGCAGCGGGCGCUCUCCCAGAAGCUUCCUGCUUCGGACCCUGCAGCAGGUGAGGCGGGGAGGGCCUCCUUCCCGGGCCUUCACCUCCUCAGCAGCCUCCUCUCCUGAUCCGCCAGCCAUCUCGCCCAUCAUCAAGAAUGCCGUCUCCUUGCCCCAGCUCCACCAGGCAGGCUAUGACGGUAUGGUGGCGAGCAAGCUGAGCUUUCGAGACAGCCCCCGGGGGUCCCCUGAUGGGCACCGUGGCUAUGGUCUGGAUUCUGGAUUCUGCACCAUCCCCCGCCUUUUACCCACUGAGAGGGCCCUGGACAAGGACAGCUCCUAUCCCUCAGAGUCUGAACUGCCUCGAUCAGACUCCGAGCCUGAGCUACAUCGCUCCGAUUCUGAGCCCAAGCUCCAUCGCUCAGACUCCAUGCUCUCCUUCCGCCUAGACCUGGGUCCCUCCCUCCUCAGUGAGCUCCUCAGUGCCAUGAGCCUGUCUGAGACACCUGGCAAAGAGCCAGGCCCAGCCCAGACCACGGAGCCCCAGCCCCCAGCCCCAGAGCUCCGAUCUCAGGGACACUGUCCCAAUGGGGUCUCGGUGUCAAAGAGCCCCAUUGGGGAGAAGCCAGGGAGCCUCCAGCCUGAGAAGCUGAGAGCACCCGCCAGUCUGAACCCAGCCAGGGGACACUGGGUGGGCAGCUGGGGCCCCAGGCCCCACUAUAGUGAGGUAACCGCGCGGCAAGAGCUAGCUGAAGUGUUGCCCCAAAGCCGGGCCUCAUGGGAGAGCCAGGAUGAGGGACAGGGGAUCUCCCCUUGCUGGGCAAGGGGCAGCUCCGAGAAGGAGCCGAGGAGGGUCCCAGUCCCCAGCACAGUUCAGGCAACCACAUUCCAAUUUGCCGAUGAGGAUGAUGAGGUGAAUAUGUGAGUGUAGCCCUGCUAGGUCUAGGGGAUGAGAACCCCAGCCCAGCACCGGGACCUCCAAUGAAGUCCCUUCUCCCCCCUCAUCAUGGAGGGCAGAGGAUUUGGGGUGGAGGGGAGCGAUCUGCUUCACCCAGUAGUACAAGCCAGGAGCUGGAAGGGAAUGGAGGGAAGGGGAAGGGACAAGAAAGAAACUGGCAUUGCUUCAACCCCCCACCCCCAGGCCUUGUCCCACCACCUCAUCCUCCCCAGGCCAGACCGGAGGUUGUGUAGUAUGGGGAGAGCAGCCUCUGGUACUUCCAGACACUUGGCAGGAAUCUCCCUCCUGCCCAUUCCAUUCCCACCCACCCUCCUGCACACAUAUCCUUCAAAGGGUGGUCAGGGGAGUGGGGCAGGCUUGCCCCUGCACCCUCCUCUCCCUUCCGUGGUCAGAUGAGGCUUCCUGAAUAGGGUUAGGUAGGUGGGUGCUGAAAGAGGAACAGCUGAGAGCCAUUUGUUCUGGGAACAGACAGUCCAGGGGGCCUGCCAGCCUGCUCUGACCCCCUCCAGCCUUGGGCACCAGAUGCCCAGCUUCCCCCAGUGCCACACCCACAGCCUUGCUGAGGCCUUACAGUGGAGCCUUUGUGACUAGGGGAGAGGAGGGAGGGCAGGACAGCACAGGGGCCCAUUGUCUUCACCACCACCACUUUGUUGGCCAACCCGCAGGGGGUCCAUUCCAGGCUGUGGGGAAGGGGCCUCCCUCACCUCAGGGGUGCCUCCUGCCUCCCACUAGGGCUCCCCGCUGGGGACUGGAGUCCCCAGUCCUCGCCCCUGACCCUGGGAUAAGGAACCCUCUCCUGUUCCCCCAUUCCCCCAACACUGCCACAGUUCUCAUCUCUUCCAGACUGUUCUAGAAGCCAUAACCAAAGGUCACCAUGAACUCAGCCAGGAGGAAUGCCUGGCCUUGGCCUUCUGGCCAUCCGGAGAUCUCUCUGUCCAGCCUGAUUAAAAGAGGAGGUUUUUUUUUGU